AUGUUCUGCGAGAAGGCCACGGAGCUGGUCCGGGAGCUGCACCGCGCGGCCGAGGGAAGGCUGCCUGCUUUCAACGAAGAUGGACUGAGACAAGUUCUGGAGGAGAUGAAAGCUUUAUAUGAGCAAAACCAAUCUGAUGUGAAUGAAGCAAAGUCAAGUGGACGAGGUGAUUUGAUACCAACCAUCAAGUUUCGACACUGUUCUUUGCUAAGAAAUCAGCGCUGCAUUGUAGCCUACCUGUAUGACCGGCUGCUUCGGAUUAGAGCGCUCAGGUGGGAAUAUGGCAGUGUCUUGCCAAGUGCUUUACGAUUUCACAUGUCUGCUGAAGAAAUGGACUGGUUCAAUCGUUAUAAAAAGUCCCUUGCUACCUACAUGAGGUCAUUGGGAGGAGACGAAGGUUUGGACAUCACACAGGAUAUGAAACCUCCAAAAAGCCUAUAUAUAGAAGUGCGGUGUCUGAAAGACUACGGAGAAUUUGAAGUUGAGGAUGGUAUUUCAGUGCUAUUAAAAAAAAAUAGCCAGCACUUUUUACCUCGGUGGAAGUGUGAGCAGCUGAUUAGACAAGGCAUUCUGGAGCACGUGCUGUCAUGA